AAGGGGGGGGGUGGCGGGGGUUGAUUGCUUUGCUGAAAGUAGGCAGAAACUGUGUUCUCUUCCAAACCUAGAUGACCUACUCUCCAUGGACCAACAGCUUGAGGCAGAAUUCUUGAAAGGGUUACCUGUGUACAACAAAAGCAAUUUUAGCAGAUUUCAUGCAGAUUCUGUGUGCAAAGCAUCGAAUAGACGACCAUCAGUGUAUCUUCCCACAAAGGAAUACCCUUCGGAACAGAUCAUAGUAACAGAAAAGACAAACAUUCUUUUACGCUACCUACAUCAACAAUGGGACAAAAAGAAUGCUGCGAAGAAGAGAGACCAAGAGCAAGUGGAUGUAGAAGGACCACACAGUACUGGGCAGCGUUGAAUCCGAUUUCCUGGCUUGACCUGGAGAGGGAAGCUGGCAAGAGUUCUCCUGGCCUUUAAAGCUCUAGACUCGCCCCCUCACCAAGACAAGACAACACAUGACCCCCGCCUUCAACCAAAUCAGCUAGAUAUUUCUUAUGCCCUCAAGUAUGUGAUUUGGCAGCAUGUUUUAGUUACAGCAGAACGGAGGGAGCUUUCCGAUUUGGAAGGAAUGUGCCCUCCACUCCCCUUGUCCCCUCUCCUCCCCCCCUCCGGCCUUCGGGAAGAGGGCAAAUUAUCAUCUGUGCGUCCAGAGAUACCUGCCUAGCAGUCUUGGGAUUGUAACCUUCCCUAGGGUAGCUUGACAGUAAGAGCUUCUUGGUUUUUGGAUAUUUACGACUAUCAUCAGUCUCCACACACUCUGUCUUUCCAGUCUGAAGGGACUUCUGUGGCAGGAACCAGGCUUCAGACCCUGCGGUGGCCAGAGAGACCGAGGGUUUCCAAGGGCAAGGAUUGCUUGACUUGGGGAACGUGGCGGGGGGGGGGGGGGGGAGUGUCCUGAUGCUCAGGCACUGCUUACCACUGCCCCGCCCCCCCCGCCGCCAGCACCAUGCACACAUACACACUUGCACGCAUUCACAGAUUCCCAAGCUACCGCACAGCCAGCCAGGUGCCUUCGAAAGCAUGAGCCAGUGGAGUGGAGAGGAGGAUGCCCCUGCCACCUGGGUGUCCAGUUGGCGCUGGAAUUGGCUGAGCGCCCCUCCC